AUUGUUUAAACAGAGCCCAAGUCCAAAACCAACCACCGCACACUACAAAGCAAGAACCAACGCAACGGCGGCGCGUUAGGUUUCAUCCCAAAUCCCAAUGAUGGGUCUGAACAAGCUCGCCACCGCGAUCACGGUGAUCACCGCCGUCACUAUCGCAGCCCUCAUCGCCGAGAUCGCCUACGUGCUGUGGCAGCGCCGUCGUCGGUUCCGUCCGCCGGCGCGCGUGGAGCCUCAGGAAGCUACUCCUCCGUGCUCGUCGUCCCCUUCUUCGCCGGCGCAGACAGAGACUGAUCUAGACCUUGAGCUGGAGAAAUGGCAGUCCCUACACGGCCCCUCGAGAGCGCUGUUCACGAUCAAGGAGGAAGAGCGAGAGGGCGUCGAGUCGGAAACCGGCUCCUCCGUCGAGUGCAGCGCGGUGGUGGUGAUGAAAGACAUGGCGGUGGUCAGCGCGUCGUUGAUUGAGACAAUGGCGGUGGAGGAUCCUCAUGAAGUGACGGUGGCGAUUGGUGGGUUGGUUAUCGAAACGACGCCGUUUUCUACUCCGUGCGCUUCCCCUGCUUUCUUCACACCGGACGCUUCGCCGAGUCGUGAGACGAGUCAGGGUUACGAUAGAAGCAAUGCUGGCUGAGUCAGAACGUUCAGACUCGUUCAUGCUUAAACAAGUUGAUUAGCCAAGUAAAUAUGAUUAUGAUAUGAGUUUGAUUUUUUAUUAAUUUCUGGUACUAAUUUUAGAGCGUUAAGAUUGUAUUAGAUUGAGAUUUUAAUUGUGUGUGUGUGGUUCUUGACUAUGGAAGUGGAAGCAGAACGAAGAGCGAGUCACAGGGAAGGGUAAAGUUUGUGCGAAAAAUAGGAAAACUGGAAAAGUGCUUAUUCGUACUACUAUGGAAAAGUGCUUAUUAGUGCAGUGCGUUUGGAUUGUGGGGUUUAUCAUUGCUCUUCAUUCUUUUCUCUACAAAUUCAUAGAAUCAUAGUACGAGACACAGACAACAAAAAUUUAUUAUUGAAUUAAAUGCGGGUUUGCGUUUUACUUUUUCACAUUUAUUUUGGGAUUUUGACUUUUGAUCAUUGCACACAAUUUUUUUUUUUCUUUUUUUUUUUUUUGCUAAAAUGCACUUUUAGCCCUUGACGUUUUAAGUUUGUGUAAAUUCUGCCCCUACUCUAUUUUUGUUGAUGUUUCUACCCCUCAUGUUUUCAAACAGUGCUCCGUCUACCCCUCCGUCAGUCAGACGUUAAAAAACUAACGGAAUGAACUGAUUUGGAAAAAUUGGGCAUGGGAGAUUCAAACUCAAGACCUGUAAGUUGCAAAACAUGCAUUUAACCAGUUUAGUUACAUACAUAAUUUAUAUAUACAUCAAGCAAAUUUAAAUUAUAUCAUUUCCUUGAUCAUCAUCAACUUCAAAUACUUCUCUUCAUCUCUCCAAUCCACUCUCCAAUCCACUCAGGAACCUCUCCUGAGAAAGCCUGACUAACGGAGGGGUAGACGGUGCAAUGCUUGAAAACAUGAGGGUAGAAACGUUGACAAAAAU